UGUGUGUUGAAAUUAAUGUGAAGCUUUCCCUGCACUUGAUUAUGUCAAUUUGUCUCAUUUUCUGUGAAAAAAUGUAAUACUAAUGGUGCCUUACAGCUUGUAAUUUACAGGAUAAAAAGGCUGGGAAUGAAAAUGAAACCAAUAAAAAGGAAGUGAAGAAAACCCUCAAAUUGAAAUUGGAUUGCAUUCCCACAUUGGAGUCAAUAAGUAUCCAGCUUCUGCCAGGUGUUCAUAAGGAAGUCCUGGCCAGCUGGUACUGUGCCAGCCUUCUGCAAACAUGGAUGCCUAUGAUGUUAUCUUCAACCAGCCUGUUGUCAUUGACAAUGGAUCUGGUGUGAUCAAGGCAGGCUUUGCUGGAGAUCAAACACCAAAGUGCCACUUCCCAAACUAUGUGGGAAGGCCGAAACACGUACGGGUAAUGGCCGGGGCGCUGGAGGGAGACAUCUUCGUCGGUCCCAAGGCGGAAGAGCACAGAGGUCUUCUCAGCAUCAGGUAUCCGAUGGAGCACGGCAUUGUGACCGACUGGAACGACAUGGAGCGUAUCUGGCAGUACAUUUACAGCAAGGACCAGCUCAAGACAUCCUCAGAAGAGCAUCCUGUACUUCUCACAGAAGCUCCCCUCAACCCGAAGAAGAAUCGAGAAAAGUCCGCAGACCUGUUCUUCGAGACUCUUCAAGUUCCUGCCUUGUUUGUGUCCAUGCAAGCCGUCCUCAGUCUGUACGCCACGGGUCGGACCACGGGCGUGGUGCUGGACGCCGGGGACGGAGUGACGCACGCCGUGCCCAUCUACGAGGGUUUCGCGCUGCCGCACAGCAUCAUGAGGGUGGACGUGGCCGGUCGCGACGUCUCCCGCUACCUAAGGCUUCUGCUGCGGAAGGAGGGCGUCAAUUUCCACACGACGGCCGAGUUCGAGGUGGUGAAGGCGAUCAAGGAGCGUGCCUGUUACGUGGCCACGGACCCGAGCCGAGAGGAGGCCAAAGAGCCGGAGCGGGUGCGGUACACACUGCCCGACGGCAGCCACCUGGAGAUUGGCGCGGCGCAGUUCCGCGCUCCCGAGGUGCUGUUCCGGCCCGACCUGAUCGGAGCCGAGUACGAGGGCAUUCACGAGGUGCUCAUGUACUCUAUUCAGAAAUCGGACCUCGACCUCCGGAAGGUGCUCUUCCAGAACAUCGUCCUCUCCGGCGGAUCGACGCUCAUCAAGGGCUUCGGAGACCGUUUCCUCAGUGAAGUGAAGCGGUUGGCGCCGAAAGACAUCAAAAUAAAGAUGUCCGCGCCCAAGGAGCGCGUCUACUCCACCUGGAUCGGCGGAUCGAUCCUGGCCGCGCUCGAUACUUUCAAAAAGAUGUGGGUCAGCAAAAAGGAAUACGAGGAGGAGGGCGCACGGGCCGUCCACCGUAAGACCUUCUGAGCGCGCCUUUAGCCCGACCCCGCAGGUCGGGGAGGAGCGGGGUCCAGUGACCUCGCUGUCAGCGCAGCCUUGGGGUGCGUCAGUUGAACCGGGUCGGCCUUCCGGCCCGGGUCACUGGUGAUCGCAUCUCUCAUUGCGUGCUUAUAGUUUUCUAUGGGCGGCGGAACGUGUGUGAUAAGUUAUUUUGGACGGGCGCGCCGGUGGUGGCCGAGCUGCUGUCCGGCGCGGUAUGUGCGUGUCUAUCUGUCAUCCAUGUCAGUCUGUGUGCGCGGGUGCGGCGGCGCGCGGUUUUGGGACUCCGCGGGCGCCGCCGCCGCGUCUAUGCCUUGCGCGGCUUUAUGGUGUCCCGCGUGCGGCGUUGAAGGCGACAUUCCGCGGGAGGCCCGGCGGGGGCCGCCGACCCGACGGCUGCGAGUGUGGCGGCGGCCUGUCAGUGUACUGCACCUUUCUUCCCGAGCACAGCCACGGAGCGCGGCGACGGACGCUUCUAGUUUGACACCCCUGUUACGGACUCUAGGCGUGAAGGCGGGAGUAACCAUUGAACUGUCCCUCGGGCGGGUUGUGACUAGGUUUUGGAGUUAUGACGGGCAGCAACGAACAACGUCACUAUCUUCGUCGGCCACUCAUUGCAGGCUAAAGGGCGUUAAUAUAUUACUAAGUCAACACGAAUACAAGACUACAAACAAAA